AUGCGACCAUGGUUAUCUUUUCAAUCUCAUGAACAUGCCAUACUAAAUUUGAAUCGCCUGUCUCAAUAUACUAAACCUAACAUCAGAAUAAUCACGGGAAAAUCCAGCGUCGACAAACCGAUUGAAUUUCCAAUGUUAAGUGACCAGCAAGAAUGUCGUACACAAAUAUUAAAAGCAACGACCGAUUCUGAUGUGGACAAACUAUCACUUCAAAGUUUCAUACAAUUUCUUUCACGCCGUUUUCAAUUUUUUCUCUUCCCUUAUUAUCAAUACAAUACUUCAAUACCAAACCUUGGCUCAAUUGUUAUUCGACAAAUGAUUGAAGAAGCCAAAAGCCUUGCGGAUAUUGAUUUCAAGAAUGAAAAUUUUCGCAAAGUCUACUUCGUGUAUGACCCAGGAUUUUCGUUGCAAUUACUGCAUCCAAACUGGAUGGCUGUGCCCGAACAAAUCAAGAAUCUAUUUAAAAAUAACGAUCCGCUGGAGAGGGACGUGUUUGUGGGAAAAGAUCGACAUGCAAUUUUACUGUCCUGGUUGCUCAAUGUUCCUGAAAAUCAUUUCAAUACCCUAUUAAUUCAAACAAAAUUUGUUCUAACAGAAAAUACAACGUACAAAUUGUUUCAUUUACACGAAAGGAAGCUAACUCGUACGCCGCUCAUCAUUGAAGGAGACACAGGCGUGGGUAAAACGUAUUUAUUACAUUUUUACUCGUUAUUACUAAAUACAAGGAUCUUGAUUGAUCGAGCUCUUGAUAUCGCUCCAUGUUUGCUGGAGAAAACAAGUUUAUGGUUGUUAACAACAAUUCUUCCCUUAAUUGGUCCUACAAUAUUCUAUAAAGUCGCUCAAACGUUCAGCUCUGAAGCCGAUGGAACAACAAAAUGUAUCACAGCUGAUGAUGACCAUAGUACCAGUACUGACAUUAGUCUGAAUGACAUAUAUCGAUACAAUAGUAUAGUUGAUGGGUUCAAUCUGAAAGCGGUAGAAGUGAAGGACGCAUUACAAGCCUUCCUAUAUACGGCUGACGAAUUACAAAAGUUGUGGGAGUGUAUUCUGCGAAUUACUGAGAAAGAAGAGUCUAACAUUCAAAAUGACACUGACGGAGUUUACUAUCUUCGUUUACCCACAAAAGAAGAUCGACAGCAACAAGGUGACUCAUCCGGUCCUACAAGGGAAGAUUUUGACAUUAAUAUUUCACGUAUUAUUCCAGAUUUUGGUCAGUCUGUACAAAAUGAACUGGAAACUUUUGUAACAACGGAAAAUUUCCUCUUUCCACCGGGUGUU